UUGAAAUUUCAUUUUUAGUGCUUUUAACAAUACGAAAAUUAUAUUUUGUAAGUUUAUUUUAAAUUUAUGAAAUGUUUUUACUCUUGUGAAUUGUGAAUUUGUACCUAUUUAUGAAAGGAAAUCAGUUAACCGAUGCUUUGAAUGUCGUAUGUGUAACUAAACAAUAUGAAGAAAAUGAGGAAACAAACUGGUAAAACCUGAAGAUGUAAAUAUUUUAAUAUAGAGAAAUAUAGAAUUUAAAAUGACUUAAAAGGGAAAGAUACAGAGAAAAAUAUAUAAUAUUUAAAAUUUAUAACAUAAAAGAAUUAUAUUGAAAAUGAUUCUGCUGAUAUACAUCAUCAUUAUCAUUACUGUUUCUGGAAUUUGGACGGAAGAGGACGGAACAACUCCUCCAACUAUUACCUAUAAAUGUCCUACCGAUCAAUAUUUUAUAUAUCCAUGUAAAUGUGUUUCGGGGAAGCAGAAAGGAUUAGUGAUACAAUGCGAGAAAGCAAAUUUGGCAAUGUUAGCUGUCGGAAUUAACAAUAUAGAAUUACCCGUUGAGCAGUUAACUAUAAAGAAUUGUGCCAUGAGUAAACUCUUUGGUGAUAUCUUCGAUAAUUUAAGUGUAAAUGAUCUUCACAUCAGAAAUAAUGGGAUUACUGAAUUGAGUGAUGAUGUAUUCACUUCUUUGAAUGAAUCUCUGAAUGUUCUUGAUCUUUCUUACAAUAAGUUGGAAUGGGUUCCAAUUGCAGCCAUCCAGAAGUUAAAAAAUUUAAAAGUUAUUAACUUAUCACAUAACGAGAUACAAAUCGUUACAGCAAAUUCAUUUGCACCAUUGCCUCUACUAGUAGAGAUCUUCUUGAAUAAUAACAAAAUAAUCAAGAUGGAACCUGGAAGUUUGAAUGGUUUAAGGCAUUUAGAAAGGCUUCAUCUUCAUCACAACAACAUAUUUACCAUCGAAAAAAAUUCAUUUAGACUGUUAAUCAAGCUAAAAUAUUUAGAUAUGUCUUAUAACAGCAUUACAAAACUCGAUAAAAAUGAUUUUCGUGACCUUACAAACUUAUGGUUUUUGAACGUUUCAAAUAAUCAAAUUGAUACCAUUCCAAGAUCUAUGUUCGUGAGAAAUGUUAUGUUAAGGGUCCUAAACAUAUCUAAUAAUUAUUUAACUGGUAUGGAUGCGUACAUGUUAAGAGGUUUGAGGUUUUUGAGGGAUAUAUACCUGCGUGGCAAUAACAUCAAGACUAUUGCAAGAAGGACUUUUGCAUCAGCAACACGCUUAAGAACUAUUGAUUUAGAGGGUAAUCUUCUCGAAGAUGUCGGUUACGAGAUGUUUAAAGACUUCAAUUGGCUUGAAGUUUUAGAUCUUAGUCAUAAUAAAAUAUCAAAAAUAGCCAGUGCAGCUUUUUAUAAAAUGUAUCAAGUAUUCAUCGACAUGAGCCAUAACAAGAUUAGUUACAUAGGAAAGGGAGCAUUUACAGAAUUAUCAAACGUUACUGUAUUUGAUCUUUCAUAUAAUAAUAUAACUGAAAUACCCAACGAAGCUUUCGAAAUUAGUGACGUUAAUAUUUUAUUAUUACAUCACAACCAAAUCGAAGACUUGAGUAAAGUGUUGAUUACUAACUUAACGGGGAUUAAAAUAUUUAAUGCAAGCUACAACAGGAUAACUGCACUGAAUCGAAAAUCGUUUACUCCGAAGAGAUUAUACGAGUUGCAUACUGUAGAUCUGAGUUACAAUAACAUAACUGAGGUCAGUGGAAGCGUUUUUGAGAAAUUUGCAAGUUUACGUUUCAUCUUGCUUCAUCAUAACCAAAUUCGUAAAGUAGGAUACUCGAGUUUUGGUGCUCUUCCUACUCUAUUAGAGUUGGAUGUCAGCUACAAUAAUAUUUCAGAAGUGAGUUCCUCAGGAUUUUCUAGUCUUGUAUCAGUACGAACUUUAUAUGCACAUCAUAAUAACAUUAGAAAGAUGUUUACUGUUCCUAUUGCGUUGAACGAACUACAUCUAGAGCAUAACAAUCUUUCUCACAUACGUCCGGGAUCGUUUCCACAAAUGAAUUCAUUACUUCACUUAUAUCUUGAUAAUAAUAAGCUUAACAAAUUAGAAGGUGGAGCAUUUUCUAAUUUGCUAACAUUGCAAACUUUAUCGUUAAGCCACAACAACAUAUCUGUAAUACCCUGGCAGGCUCUGAAGGAUCUUAGCGCUUUGCAAUAUCUAUAUUUUCACAAUAACAAUAUCACAAAAUUAAAUAAAAAAGCUUUUGGUAAUUUACCAGUUGUGUUCCAUUUACGGUUAGAUUAUAAUAGGCUCAAUAACGUUAGCGAAAAUGCUUUUGAAGGCAUGUUGCAGCUGUUGGUACUCAACAUGAGCCAUAAUCAAUUGACAACUCUUCCACCCGAUGCAGUCAAAGGAUUAGUUUCUUUAAGAAAAAUAGAUCUGUCUUAUAAUAAUCUAGCAAAUUUAGAAAAUAAAACUCAUGGAUUAUUUGAAAGUUUAUUAUCUGUAGAAGUUAUUAAUGCAUCCAAUAACAGAAUAUCUGGAGUUACGGAUCGAACAUUUCCAAGAUCACCUUACAUCCCUUACAAGAUCAGAUAUGUCGACUUAAGUAAUAACUUUAUUCCGAUUAUUACGAAAACGUUUGAUGACGGAUUGAAAAAAGUUGAAGUGCUUAAUUUAAGAAAUAAUAUCAUUAAUGAAAUAACUCCUAACGUGUUGAAAAAUAUGACCCAACUCCAAGAACUAGACUUAUCAUAUAAUCAGUUAACAAGAUUACCUCCUUCCAUUUUUGGUAUGAUAGAAAACAUGACUGUGCUUCAAUUACAGAACAAUAAACUCUAUUCUAUAUACGUCCAUGACUUAUUGAAGAUGGCGAAUUUACAAAUUCUUAACAUGAGCAAUAAUCAGCUUACUGAAUUUCACGAAGAAUUUUUUCCUCCCAUAAAGAAUGGCCUUCGACUCUUUUACGAAGGUAAUCCGUUAAAUUGCGACUGUAAAUUAAAGCGGCUCGUGUAUUGGAUGCGUAAACAUUCGAAUUCAUCGGAAUGGAGAAAUGUCAUGUGCCACCAACCAUCAAAUUUAGCCAAUAAAUUAUUAAAUGAAAUUAACGAAGAACGUUUACAGUGCUUGGGAGAUGUUAAAUUUUCAGAAGACGAAUUUAUCAAUCCGGAUUUGAUAUAUCGAGGUAUAGAAACGAAAGAUAAAGAGAAGAAAGUUCGAUUCGUUUGGUACGUCAAUUCUAAAGAGGAUAUUGCAGGAUUUAAAGCAAAAUUGAGUGGAAAUCAAGGAGAAUUGCCAAGAGAAAUGAACAUAUCUUAUCAUCAUAGAGAAUACACAAUUGAAAAGUUAAAUACAGGAAUCGAAUAUCAAUUAUGUUUAAUCGCUGUAGAUUCGUUAGGUAAAGAAAGAGAGAGUUAUGAUUCUCAAUGCAUUCAAUUUGGUCCUCUACAUUCGAGUUCUCCAUCUUCUCUACUUAAUAACAGUCAUUUAAUGAUAAUUACAAGUGUUUUAUUGAUUUUAUCACUGGUUUCUUUCUAAGUUUUGGCUGUACAAAGCUCAUUAAUUUAGCGUAUAUUGCGUUACAAAAAUAAAAAAAUAAGUAAAUAAAAAUUGAAAAUCAUUUAAAAAAAUUGAAUAAAAUUAAUUAAUUUUACUUUUAUGAAAAAAAAAAUUAUACUAUAAUUUUUUAAUGGAUUUUGAAAAAUGGUUGAAGAAUCGAGCCGCUGUUUAUAGUUGACUGAAAAAUUUAAUUUCUAUAAUUAAUUAGUAAAUAUUAAUAUUAUUUUAAUAAUCAAUAGAUGAUAUUUUUAUAGAGUAUCAUCAUUUUCUGUGAUGAAAAUUUCUAUUUGAAAAUUCCAUAGUUUAUUAUAGUCCCGUAAACAGUAUAUCGGUUCUAGAAGUUUAUUUUGAUAAAGUAAUAAAGAAACAAAUAGCUUUAAAAAAAAUAAGAAGAAUAUUGAUUUUUAUGACGGGGCCUAUUAUAUUUUAUGAAGUAUUAUUUUAUAAACUUCCAUUAUAAACGAUAAGGAUUUGACGUUAAACAAUAUACUUCGUGUCAUUGCUCAACAACGACUAUAAUGAUAGCUUUAGACUCGAAGAUAAAACGAUUUGGUUGACAGAAAGACAUAAAAUUCGUGACAAAAGUGGAAACACUGACCCUACUGAAGGAAAACAUAAAAAUUUAUCAGCCAGUUCUGUACAGUUUCAAUGAGAAAAGAUUUCUCUCUAUGCACCUUUUUCUCCUCUGUCAAUCAAUAAAUUUUCAAUAAUUUAAAUGAAUUAAGAGAAUUUAUAUUUCUGAAACACUAGAAAUGUCAAUAA